AUGUCCAGUGUUUUGACCGCAGACUUGUCCCCUUCUCGUUGUUUGGUCUUCGGCCUGCUGCUCACAGCUGCAUGCAACCUCCUUGCUGCAGUGGUGCCAGCCACAAGCCCUACCAAUCUUGCAGUGGUCCUGGCUGUGCUGUGGGCGAUGAAUGGCUUGUUUCAAGGCCUUGGAAGUCCUUCAUGCGCUCGCAUCAUCAGUGCCUGGUGUAGCGCCAAGGAACGUGGCAGCUUCUGGUCCUUGUGGAACAUGUCCAACAACUUGGGUGGAGCACUAGCGCCUCUGAUGGUGAGUUUGGGCGCUGCGGCGGGCUGGCGUGGCAGUUUGCUGCUGGCAGGGGCAAGUGCAGCGUUCAUCAGCAUUUUUGUGGCUUUUCUGGUGCAGGAUUCUCCAGAUGGUCAGGUGGAAGCUGUGAAGUCUCACUCUGAAGGCAUCCACCUCUCUGGUCUGUCGCUUUUAUGGAAGGGCUGCCUUUUGAAACCUGGAAUGGCCUGCCUGGCGCUGGCUAAUUUUGUAGUCUAUGGUUUGAAGAGUGCCAUGAUUUCUUGGCUGGCCUUCUAUGUGCAAGCCCAUGGCCAUACCGCCUUGUCAGCUGCAGGACGUUUGAGUAUGUUCGAGAUUGGUGGCUUGUUUGGGAGCCUUGUGUCUGGCCCCUUGAGCGACAAGUAUUGGCAUCUUCGUGGUUCAGGAGCCCCAUUGGUUGGCUGCCGCGUCCAGGUUGCAUCUGCCAGUGUGCUUGCCAUCCUGCUGCCUGCAAUGAUCACCGUCGUCUUUGGGCCUUCGCGCAUCAGCUUCAUUGCAAUGUUCGCGGUAGGCUUUGGCCUUUAUGUGGCACAGGCCCUUGCUGCUUUAUCUGGCUUGGAGCUGGUAACAGGACGUGCAGCAGGGGUGUCUCAGGGUUUAUUGGGAUGGUCUGCAUACACCGGAGCGGCGGCCUCUGGCUUACCCUUGGGUUGGCUCAUACAAAGCACAGGCUGGCAGGCCUGGCGGAUGGUGAUGGCCGGGGGCUCUAUGCUAGUUGUCCUUCUGUUUUUGCCAUUGUGGCGCCUACCGUCCAAUGAGCAGCGGCAGCAAGGGGCCACUAAGGUGGAGGAAGACCUGCCACCAUUGGAGUCAAUGGUGGAGGAAGACCUACCGCCACUGAAGUCAAUGGUGGAGCAACAGGAGGUGAAGGGAGCCGAGCCACCAGACCAAGUUGGGUCCAACGGCUAUGGGGCAAUGCACAGCCCUGCAGGAGCUGUUGCAAGAGAGAGACGUGGCAUUCAGGAUUUGCCAUCCGAAUCGAAGCUGGUGCAGAAUGCCGAGCAGGACAAGGCAGAGGGGGUGGCGCUCUUUCAAUCUGGGCAGUACUUCAAGUCCUACCAGGUAUGGCGACGCAGCAUCGACGCUUUGGAAGCCAUCGAGCUAAAUGAGGAGGAGAGCAGAAAGGUGUUCGUUGCCUUGUGCUCCAAUGCGGCUCAGGCGCUCUUGAAAUGUCCCGAAGUGGAGGGUGCUGCGACAGAGAUGGCCGCAUCCAUGGCCGACAAGGCACUUUCAGUGGACCCCUGCAAUACGCGGGCGCUCUUUCGCAGAGGAUGUGCGUAUUCUAAUGCGCAAGGGUGGCUUCUUGCCCGAAAGGAUUUCGAGCAGGUCCUGCGCCUCGAGCCCAACAAUGAGGCAGCGCGGCGAGAGUUGGAGAAAUUGGAGGCGGAGUUGCCUCCAGCGGCUCCAGAUGUCCUGGCGAGGAGGCAAGAAGAUCUGCCCGUGGCUACUGUGCCCAAGGAUCCAGCUGCUGCAGUGAGGAUGGCUCAGAAGGAAGCUGAACGCUUUCGCAGAGAAAUCCUCGCAAUGGCUGACAAGAAGGGCUGCGUCUCAGACUGGUGCAAGAAAUUCAACAAAGUCCAGGUGAUGGCAGUGGAUUGGGCCAAACACCAGCUGAAGGAUCCGGAAAUUUUGCAGGAUCUACUCACGCUGCGGGGCCCUCUCUUCCAAGCGAUGGACAGCCAGCAGCGCGAGGAUUUCCUGUGCGCGUACGAUUUUGUCCAGGAGGUGCGGCAGAGGCACCAAGAAGAAAUUGACAAGCUCUUUGAAAGCUGA